GGUCCUUUGAUACCGUCUAUGGUCUGGUCCAGCUAACAUUAGCUGACCUGCUUGGCUCAGUGGCAGGACCGAUUUCACGGAUAAUGAGGUUUUAUUUUUAGCCUUGAUAACGUUAAAAAAGGAGAACAGGCCGGAUGGUGAGCAGAAAGAGCUAACAGGAGCGGGAACCGUCAAUGAAAGACACCGAGAGGAUCCAUGGCAAAGUGGCUGAAGGACUACCUGAACUUUGGCACCAGGCGUGACCCUCCACAGCCCCCGAGGCCGGAUUACAGCGAGAGUGAGAUCCUGAGGGCCUACAGAGCUCAGAAGGAGCUGGACUUCGAGGACCCGUAUCAACACUCGGAUAAGGAGCAUCAGAAUGGUGGUUUCAGCCCCUGUAGCGCCACAGUGAGCCUUCCUUCGUUCCCUGAGUUUGGUUCAGUGCUGCCCAACGGGUUGGAGGUGAAAGUGGUUUCUCCUAAACACAGACUAAUUAAAGUGGACUCUCAGGAGUUUGGCAGCUGUAAAGUCCCUCUCAGUCCUGUGACGGUCCAAGAAGAACCUGUGGUCCCCUCGGCCCCGGCAGCGCUGGACGGAGACACAGAUUACUCUGAUCCGUUUGAUGUGCGUCCAGACCCGAGAGGCAGAACCAACUGGGAGCCCAAACCUGCACCAGCAGACUGCUGCAGCUACAUGGAGCCCUUUGAGGCUCAGCGCAUUAUCUCAGAACUGCAGCACAGCAUGAUGACUAACAGGUCUGGGAGCAGCGAUGGCGGCCAGCUGUACGAUAACCCGUACGAGGAGAGGACUCGUCUGUACCAGCGAGCUGCUCCAGCAGCUCAGCAGCUGAAUCUGGCUCAGACAGACAGCAGAGAGAGCCGGCUGCCUCAGGACGACGAGAGGCCUGCUGAUGAGUACGACCAGCCCUGGGAGUGGAAGAAGGACAACAUCUCCAAAGCUUUAGCAGUCCAGUUUGAAGGAGCAGAGAGGGAGCGGUCUCGGGUCCAGACGGAGCAGAACAGACUCACCAAGAAGGUUCCUGGUUCCUCCACAGCCGACUCCACCACCCUCCGUCUGGUUGGAGACACUCCUCCUCUCCUCGGGGAGAGAGUCGACCCCUACAUGCCACUGGAGAGACAAGUGUGGUACCAUGGAGCUCUGAGCCGCUCCGAGGCUGAGAGCCUGCUGACGCUGUGUAAGGAGAGCUCCUACCUGGUGAGGAACAGCCAGACCUGCCGCAACGACUACUCCCUCUCCCUCAGGAGCUGUAAAGGUUUCAUGCACAUGAAGUUCGUGCAGUCGUCAGACGGGCGCUACGUCCUGGGAGAGAACAGUCCUCCGUUCUCCACCAUCCCCGAGGUCAUCCACUACUACACCACACACCAGCUGCCCAUCAGAGGAGCUGAGCACAUGUCUCUACUGUACCCCGUCAUCGUCCAGACCCUCUGACCUCCUCCUGCUCCUCCUCCUGCUACUGAAUACAUGAUAAUACACACCAUGUUUACCUUCUGACCCUCAUAUACAUGCCUUCUUCAUCUCCACUCUCCCUGCAGCCUGCUAGAGAUUGGACUGUUUCUGUUCUUCAUAACCCACAAAAACUACACUGGCAGCUUCAAAAGAGCACUGCAGAAAGAAAAAGAAAAGGUUUUUAAAAACCAGAUAAAACAGUAAAUCUGAGGGAAAUGAUCUUGCUGCAUGGACAGAUAAUUUAUCUUGACAAGAUUUAUUAAAUUAAGAUUAUUAAAUCUAGGAAUAAGCAUGUUGAACACUUAAAAUAAGAAAUUAACUCUUAAAACAAGAUUAAUGAUCUAACACUUCUAAAUCUAAAGGUUUUUUAAUCUUAUCUUAUUUUAAGGACAAUUUUGUUCUGUUUUUUCUGAAAAAAAAUUUUGUUUUCCAGAGUUUUUUCCCGUUUUUCGGACUAUUUUUUCUGUUUUUCUGACAA